UUCAAUGGCAAGCUUUUCAUGAGUAUCGGAGUAUGACUGCGCAUCCUAAAGUAGACCUAGACACCGGUGAGGCCUUUGCUUUUCGUUACGGCCUUGUUCCUCCAUUCCUCACCUAUUUCCGUUUCGAGUCUAAGGGUGUGAAGCAACCCGACGUGCCCAUUUUCUCCACGAUCAGACCCGCUUUCUUGCAUGACUUCACCAUCACCAAUAAAUAUGUCGUCUUCGUGGAUAUACAGAUAGGAAUGAAUCCAGUUGACAUGCUUGAUGGGGGUUCUCUGGUGGGCUCAGACCCGUCGAAGGUUUUGAGAAUUGAAGUACUUCCUCGAUGCACCAAAGACGAGUCUCAGAUAAAAUGGUUUGAUGUUCCUGGGUUCAACAGCAUGCGCGAUAUUAAUGCUUGGGAUGAUGAAGAUGGAAACAGUAUAGUUCUAAUACCACCUAAUAUUCUAUCAGUGGAGAACACGCUAGAGCGAAUGGAGUUGGUUCACGCCAUGGUUGAGAAAGUAAAGAUCGAUCUCAAGACUGGGAUUGUGAUGAGACAACUAAUUUCAGCGAGAAAUCUAAACCUCGCAGUUAUUAAUCAAGCUCACGUGGGAAAGAAGAACAAGUUUGUGUACGCAGCAAUUUGUGAUUUGAUGCCGCAAAUCUCAAGGGUUGUAAAGUUGGACUUGUCAAUAAGAGACGAGAGACGUGACUGCACAAUGGGGUGCAGAAUGUUCGAAGAAGGGUGCUACGGCAGAGAGCCAUUCUUUAUGGUGAGAGAUCUAGAGGACUUAGACGUAGAGGAAGACGAUGGAUAUGUGGUGACGUACGUGCACGAUGAGAAGAAGGGAGAGUCAAAGUUCAUGGUGAUAGAUGCCAAGUUGCUAGAGCUUGGUGUGGCAGUGGCCAUGAGCCUACCCCGACAAGUUCCUUAUGGAUUUCAUGGACUUUUUGUGAGGGAAAGCAAUCUGAGGAAGCUUUGGUGA